AGAAGAAGCCAGCGUCUGGCUGGCCAGGACUUGAAGCAGCUGCCUCUGGUCGUCCCUCCCCCGUCGGGGCGGAGCUCGGCUCUCCAGGCUCCGCCCGGGACGGACCAGCCGGCUGCCGCCGUCUCUGCUCCCCCAGCGCCUCCUGUUCCGGGUUGUGCUGAUCCCCUGGGUCCUGAGCGCAGCCCGAGGGAGCCGGGGCCGACAUCGCGGAGCCAGCCAGUGAGGAAGGAACUCGAGGCCGGGGACGCUGGGCUGCCUCGGGGCGCGCCCCCUCCUCCGUCCCUUCUCCGGGUGGGUGGGUGCCCCUCGCCGGCCCUGCGGGGCGGGGGGCGGCCGGCAUCCCGGGCGCACUGCAGCCAUGGCGUGCAGCCUGAAGGACGAGCUGCUGUGCUCCAUCUGUCUGAGCAUCUACCAGGACCCGGUGAGCCUGGGCUGCGAGCACUACUUCUGCCGCCGCUGCAUCACCGAGCACUGGGUGCGGCAGGAGGCCCAGGGCGCCCGCGACUGCCCGGAGUGCCGGCGCACGUUCGCCGAGCCGGCGCUGGCGCCCAGCCUCAAGCUGGCCAACAUCGUGGAGCGCUACAGCGCCUUCCCGCUGGACGCCAUCCUGAGCGCCCGGCGCGCCGCGCUGCCCUGCCAGGCCCACGAGAAGGUGAAGCUCUUCUGCCUCACCGACCGCGCGCUCGUCUGCUUCUUCUGCGACGAGCCUGCCCUGCACGAGCAGCACCAGGUCACGGGCAUCGACGACGCCUUCGAAGAGCUGCAGAGAGAAUUAAAGGAGCAGCAGAAGAGCCUGCAGGACAGCGAACGGGAGCACACCGAGGCCUUGCAGCUCCUCAAGCGCCAGCUGGCUGAGACAAAGUCUUCCACCAAAAGCCUGCGAGCUACCAUUGGAGAAGCCUUUGAGCGCUUGCACCGGCUGCUACGGGAGCGCCAAAAGGCCAUGUUGGAGGAGCUGGAGGCGGACACAGCCCGCACCCUGACGGACAUCGAGCAGAAGAUCCAGCGCUACAGUCAGCAGCUGCGCAGGGUCCAGGAGGGCAGCCAGAUCCUUCAGGAGCGGCUGGCUGAGACCGACAGGCACGCCUUCCUGGCCGGGGUCUCCUCACUCUCUGAACGGCUCAAAGGGAAGAUCCACGAGACCAAUCUCACCUAUGAAGACUUUCCCACCUCCAAGUACACGGGCCCCCUGCAGUACACCAUUUGGAAGUCGCUCUUUCAGGACAUCCACCCUGUCCCCGCCGCUCUCACCCUGGAUCCUGUCACUGCCCAUCAGCGCCUCAUCCUGUCAGACGACUGCACAAUCGUAGCGUACGGGAACCUCCACCCCCAGCCCCUGCAGGACUCUCCGAAGCGCUUCGACGUGGAGGUGUCCGUGCUGGGCUCAGAGGCGUUUGGCAGCGGCGUCCACUACUGGGAGGUGGUGGUGUCCGAAAAGACCCAGUGGAUGAUCGGGCUGGCGCACGAGGCGGUCAGCCGCAAGGGCAGCAUCCAGAUCCAGCCCAGCCGCGGCUUCUACUGCAUCGUCAUGCACGACGGUAACCAGUACAGCGCCUGCACGGAGCCCUGGACCCGGCUCAAUGUCAAGAACAAACUGGAGAAGGUGGGCGUCUUCUUGGACUAUGACAAGGGGCUCCUCAUCUUCUACAAUGCAGACGAUAUGUCGUGGCUCUACACCUUCCGGGAGAAGUUCCCAGGGAAGCUGUGUUCCUACUUCAGUCCGGGUCAGAGCCACGCCAACGGCAAGAACGUGCAGCCUCUGCGCAUUAACACGGUGCGCAUUUAGUGGCUGCUGCCCGGGAGGAGUGGGCAAGGGAGCUGGGACUGGGAAGGAGGGAUGGGCCUCCCUGUGCCUCCUCCCCGAGUGCCCCCACUCUGUGGGAUCGGCUAGCCCACUCCCCUCGGCAGGCGCCCGUGCUGGCGCUUCUGCCGGACGGUGGCUGCCCCAGUGGGCUGUGGCCUCAGGGAACUAGAGAAGUCACUUCUCCCUGGCCUGGGCCAGGGGUCAGCGCUGCUCCCCUCCACCACAGGGGCGGUUUCUUGACUCGGAUCCCCAUUGACCAGGGGCCAUUCUUGGCCCCUGGGUGGAGAGAGGGGGAUUUCUUAAGGCCUGAGAGCUCUAAACCCCACACCUGCCUCAGAUUCCUGUUUUUCCUCCUUUUUUUUUCCAUGGACUAUGCACAUAUCACAGCCUCUCCGAGCAGCAGCCUCUCCUGAUCACGGAGGCUACGGGUUCCCUCAGUGCUACCGUCUCUCUCGAGCAUGAGAGUGAAAAAACUCAGUGCCUCUUGGGAGGGAGAGCCCUUCAGGAGCUCCCUCAAUGCCAGCCCCUUGGAGGCAGACCCUGGAGGAGUCCGUGGACUCCCUGCCCCAGCCUCAGAGAUUUUAGAAAGAAAUGUAGGGUUUGGGCAAGGGGAUUGCCAGAGGGCAGGCUAUGGGACCCGAGGAGCUCUUCCCCCAGGUCUAGGCAUGCCCUUGUGGGAAGAGACAGGUUUGGAGGGGGAAGGACGCCAGCCAUGAGGACAGGAUCCCUUCAGUGAGAAGCAAUCAUGGCAGGCAGCCUGAUCCAAAGCUUGGCUUUUCAAAUGGAGCUUCAAGAUGAGGAGAAGGAAUGGGAAAGGAGGCUUCAGGGGAACAGAUCUCCACAUUUAACACUCUGUACCCAAAUCAGGGACUCUAACGAAGUGUCUAGCAGGAAGAAAAGAAGUGUAGGAUGGGCCCCAGGCUGAAUCCUGGGGAAAUAAAUGACUCUAGUCUGGUCCAGUCCAUGCAUCAUGUAUCCCUCAUGAGACCACGGAGCUUUCAGCUUUGCGUGGGAAGGACAGUCCGAAGGACUUCCAUGGGCUGAUGUUCAGUAGCUGCCUUUGUGUGGCGCACCUGCCCAGAAGUCUAGCCUAGACCAAGGAGCCCACUUCAGGAAAGGAAGAGCUCUCCAUCCAUACCUGAUCCCAGCUUGCUGUUGGAAUCGGGCCCAAGCCUUCCUAGUUUCCCCUAGCUCAUAUUGCUCUACCCAAGGCAGCUCUGAAUUCUCAGGGAGAAAAGGGGGCUGUUCUGCCCCUAAAUCAAAACUGAGAUUUCCUUCUUCUCCCUGCCCCCCUGAAGCUUUUUCUAGCUAUGACCACAGCCCCUGGUUGUCCAGUUAGUAAUUUCAGAACUAAAUCCUUUCAGGCAAAUUUGAGAUCUCUUCUCAAAUCACCAGUAUUCACAAAGUGAGACCAGGAGUUGAAACAUCUUAGCUCAUAGGAAAACAAUAACUAUGACAUAGCUCAGAGCCCCCAUAUCCUCACCCCAGUGUGCCUAAUAAUCAGCAGCCCCACUGGGUCUCCUUGAGACCUUGGGGCAGCAAUGGAACAAUGGAAUGGAAUGGGAAUGCUCAGGGGGUUUCCUACGGGAAGGAGCUAUUCUGGAGGGACAUGGUUGGGAAAACUGGGCCCAAUACCUGUACAACCUCUCUCUCCUUCCCUGAAUCCUUCAAUCCUCCUCACUCCCCAGAAUGCAGUAUUUAUAAAAAGAAAGGGAAAAAAAGAAAAAGAAAAAAAUUACAAUAUCCAUUUUGUGAAUGACGGCGCGUUUGUAUAAUAUUAAAUUAAAGAUACGGGAUAU